AAAUUGGAGAAUCGACGAAAUUUACGGUGAUAACGAGUGGUCAUCUGGCACAAAUUGUUCACAAUCGCCGCCAGAUCCGAUAUCCUGGUCCAGUGGAACUAAACAUUUGUAGAUCAUAACUUCCGUUUAUGAUCUGCUUUCUGUCUGUUCCAGAGUUUAAAGGUCGAAGGAAGAAAAGGAAAAAAUGGAAUGGUCCUGCUGCUGCUAUUUCCAAAAGAUCGGUAUAGUGGAACAAAGCAAUAACUCUGCGAGCGAAUUCUUGUGUCCAUCUUGAGUUGACCUUCAUUUGUGAACUAGACCUCGGGUCGAACAUAGCAGGUCAUAACCGGUAAUAAAUAAAAUUCAUAAAUAAAUAAUUUCAGUUUAAAUUCUGCUGCGAAUAAAUUUUUGAACAUUUUCGUGUGCGCGUAUUUUAUUUUCUAAAAAUCGCGAAUAAUUUUAGUAUUUUUAAAGAUAUUUAAAAAAAAAUUUUGUUUUAUUUUUUUUCUAAUUAUCAUUUCUUAAAAAAUUUAUUUUUAUUUCGGGAGUGUUGGAAUUUAUUUUCAAACGCGAUCGUAUUAAAAUGUAUCUAAUUUUUAAAUUUUCCUUUUUUCGAUUUUAAACCCCCCCCCCCCACGUGGUCCCGGGAGUGUUCGAAUUUUCUUAAAACCGCGUUCGUUCGCUAUAAAGUAUGUAACCCUAAUUUUAUCGCAUAGUAUUUUAUUCGAAAAAUUUUAAAAUCGCGAGUGUUUUUUUUCUAAUUUGAAGGAAGGAUGCCACUACAGAAGAAUGGAAAAGAGCAUUCGUUUAAGAUUGACCUCAACCAAAUUGACGUUUCCAGUUCAAUAUUUCGAAUGGAUAAUGCAGAGAUGAUAUAAUUGCUCCAACGAGGACUAUCACAAUCGAUUCUCCAUUUGUCCGUUCAUCGACUGUGAUGAUUUUGGACAAGAUGGAGAACAAUUAACGGAAGGUCCAGGACUACUUUAUGGAGAAUAUCUUCACCUUGAUAAAAUUCUCUCGGCCCAAAGAUUAUUGAGUGCAGAAUAUAAUAAAGAAGUGCAUGACGAGCAUCUUUUUAUUGUAACACAUCAAGCCUAUGAAUUAUGGUUCAAGCAAAUAAUAUUCGAAUUGGACUCAGUGAGAAUGCUUUUCACAUCGGAAAAUGGACAAGAAAAUUUACGGGACCAAGAAACUAAUAUGGAACAAUCAUUUGAAGGACUUGAUGAAUCAAGGACAUUGGAAAUUUUAAAGAGACUUAAUCGAAUCGUUCUUAUCCUCAAACUACUUGUGGAUCAAGUGACAAUUUUGGAAACAAUGACACCAUUGGAUUUUAUGGCAUUUCGCGAUUAUUUGUGUCCAGCAUCUGGUUUUCAAUCAUUGCAAUUUCGAUUAUUGGAAAAUAAAUUGGGUGUAAAACAAGAGCAUCGUGUAAAAUAUAAUCAAUGUUACACACGAGUUUUUGGAAAAGAUCCAAAAGCAAUAGAAGCUAUUAAAAAAUCAGAAAUUGAACCAAGUCUCAGUUGUUUGGUACAAAGGUGGCUGGCACGAACACCUGGUUUAGAUUCAAAUGAUUUCGAUUUUUGGGGAAAAUAUAAAAGAGCUGUCGAACUCAUGUUGGAUGAGCAAAAAGAUGCAAUUGAUAAACAAACAAACGAGCAACAUCAAAGACAUUUAAUGUCAACAUUAUCGUCACGUCAGGCGGUUUUUGAUACAAUUUUUAAGGAAUCAUUGCACAAUGCCCUUGUGUCGAGAGGCGAGAGAAGGUUCACAUUUUCAGCAUUACAAGGAGCAGUGAUGAUUACUCUCUAUCGUGAUGAACCACGAUUCAGUCAACCACAUCAAAUUCUCACUGCUCUAAUGGAUAUUGAUUCUCUUAUCACAAAAUGGAGGUAUAAUCAUGUCAUUAUGGUUCAGAGAAUGAUUGGAUCACAACAAUUGGGAACUGGAGGAUCGUCUGGAUAUCAGUAUCUAAAAUCAACUCUAAGUGAUAGAUACAAAGUUUUUUUGGAUUUAUUCAAUCUCUCAACAUUUUUGAUUCCACGACCUUUGAUUCCACCGUUAACAAAACAAAUGAAAACUAAAUUAUCAAUUGGUUGGGGCUGUUGGGUACCAGAGGAUGAGCAAAGCAUCUCUUCAAAUUCCGCAGAAGCGUCAUUAUGAUGAUUUUUUUUUAGAAAAAAAAAAUUCAUUCAACUAUUAAUAAUAAUAAACAUUGAAAUUUUUAAAUAAAUUAUUUUAUAUUUCUAUUAACAAAUUUAUAUAUUUUAGAUUGUAUACAGAAAAAAAAAUCGUAAGCAAUUUUUUAAAUUAAUUUUCCAAGGUUAUAAAAAAAGUAAAAA